GAUUUGAAGAGAAGAAGAGGGGCGCGCAGGAGGAGGCUGGCUGUUGCCGCCUCUGCUGCUGCUGCUACUGUCAGGUCCCUGAAUCGAGCGGUGUGCUGGCGAGUGUCGACACUUUGGGGCUCCAGUCAAUGCCCAGACGGGGCCCUGGUAUGUGCGGAGUAGUCAGACGCUCACCCGCCACUGCUGCUCCUGCCUCUGCCCCUGUAGGAUCCCUCGCCCUGUCCUCCCCAUCGCGUCGUCUUUCUCUUUGGUGAAUUCGACUCGUCAAUUGGUUCAAAUCGAAAACGACGCUGGCUUGGGCUUCGUCCUGGGUCGUUUCCCUCAUCUUCCUCAUUUGCCUCUUUUGUAUUCAAAUUGAAUUAUUACCGGGUAUCGGCUCGUGACAGAGACAAAGCAAAAAAAAAACUUCCAAGUUCUUCGACAUCUUCCGUAACGCUCAGCUGGUGGUCGUGACUCUUUUUAAGACUUGAAAGUUUCUUCCACCUAAUAUUUUCUUUUUGGUUAUUUUUGGGUUUUUAUUUUUUGUUGUUGUUGGGCUCUUGGCAGUGUGUGGUGGUCUUUUUUUUUUUUUCAUUUCGUGGUUGAACAACAAAACAACAAAGUUGGAGGCGGCCCGCAAGGAAAAAAAAGGUUGUGCAUAUUUGAAGGGAUCGGAACAACAUGUUGAGUCGCAUUGCUGCUGCUAGUCGACGGCAGCAGAUGGCCGCUGAGACGAAGUUGACGGUGUCCACCUUCAAACUUGAACGUUGACUGGGCAUGUUUUUGGCCGCUGUUUUCUUUGUGCUUUCCGUUUUGUGAUGAUGGAGGCUUCCAACUCGAUCGUCGUAAUCCUCCUGCUGGGCGCCAUUCACGGCUGUUGCGGUGGCCCCAACGAGAAGAGAUUGCUCAGUAACCUGCUAGACAAGUACAACACACUGGAGCGACCUGUUUUUAACGAGUCGGAACCAGUCGUCGUCAGUUUUGGAUUAACUCUUAUGCAGAUUAUUGACGUGGAUGAAAAAAAUCAAAUUCUAACGACGAACGCCUGGCUUAAUUUGGAUUGGAGGGAUCAAAAUCUUAUAUGGAACCCGGCGAACUACAGCGGAGUAAAGGAUGUCCGGAUCCCACCCAACCGCAUCUGGAAGCCCGACAUUCUUCUUUACAACAGCGCCGAUGAAGGAUUCGACAACACAUUCCAGACCAACGUCGUCGUGCGACACAACGGCAGCUGCAACUACAUCCCACCGGGCAUCUUCAAGAGCACUUGUAAAAUCGAUAUCACCUGGUUCCCGUUCGACGAUCAACAGUGUAAAAUGAAAUUCGGCAGCUGGACUUACGACGGUUUCAUGUUGGACCUCGUCGAGAAAACGACGGAGGGCGGCGAUAUUAGUGGCUUCAUUACCAACGGUGAAUGGGACUUGAUCGGCGUACCUAGCAACCGUACCGUUGAAUACUACACUUGCUGCCCGGAGCCUUACGUAGACAUCACUUUCGUCAUACACAUCAGGCGGCGAACUCUCUACUACUUUUUCAAUCUCAUCGUUCCCUCCGUGCUCAUUUCUUCCAUGGCUCUUCUCGGCUUCACCCUGCCGCCGGACUCGGGAGAGAAGCUCACUCUAGGAGUUACCAUUUUGCUGUCGCUGACGGUGUUUCUCAACCUUGUCGCAGAAACUUUGCCUCAGGUCUCCGACGCCAUUCCACUCUUAGGCACAUAUUUCAAUUGCAUCAUGUUCAUGGUGGCAUCUUCUGUCGUUCUGACCGUCGUCGUUCUCAACUACCACCACAGACGGGCAGAAAUGCACGACAUGCCGGGAUGGGUUCGAACGUUGUUUCUGCUGUGGCUUCCAUGGAUUUUACGAAUGAGCCGGCCCGGCAAGAAAGUGACGCGCAAAACGAUCCUGAUGAACAGCCGAAUCAAAGAAAUGGAAUUGAAGGAACGAUCUUCGCGCAGCCUGCUGGCGAACGUCCUGGAUAUGGAUGACGAUUUCCGCAGCGCGUCGGGCAUCUCUUACGCGCCCACGUACACCAGCAAUCUAACGAACCGCUACAGCAGCGGUGGCGGCGGUGGCGGCGGUGGCGUGGGAUCGGGAUUAGUCGGAGGAGGAAAUGGCGGAAGAGGCGUCGUCAUCGGCUCUGGCGCUGGCGGUGGGGGAGUCGGUCCAGGAAAUAGCUCAACAUUACCCCAUUUCCCGACUUCUGCCUCCUAUCACCAGCAGCAGCAGGCAUCCGUUGGCCAGCAGCAGCCAUCGGUUCAUCUCGCCGAGUCGUCGCUCGUUCACGGCAACAUGAUCUCCGCCAACGCCCAAUCUUCCACUUUCGGAAGCCGGGCAGGAGGUUUCGCCAUGGACGAGGACAGCCCGUCGGCUCCUUACUGCAUUCAGGCUCAACGGGACCUGCAGGCGAUCAUACGGGAGCUCCGCUUCAUCACGUCCAAGUUGAAGAAGAAGGACGACGAAAACGAUCUCAUCGCCGAAUGGAAGUUUGCCGCUAUGGUCGUCGAUCGCAUCUGCCUCUUCAUUUUCACCAUGUUCACCAUCAUCGCCACGCUGGCCGUCCUCUUCUCGGCACCGCACAUCAUCGUGCAGUAAAAAAAGAAAUCAUACAAAAAAGAGGAGGAGGAGGAAGAAGAAGAAGAAAAACGAUCGACCCCGGCCCACUUCGAAACGCCCAAGAAACUUGAUGUCGUGUGUGUGUGUGGGAGGGAGGGAUCCUUAACCUUUUUUAUUUCUUCUUCUUCUACUUCUUUUUUUGGCGAAAUCCUUCCAUCUCUUAGCUUCCAUCAUCGACACACCCAAGCGCAAGCCUGUGCAGAAAGAAAAGGAGUAUAUAUAUAUAUAUAUACAGGAGCUGCGUGUAUUGAUCUUCAUACGUUGCUCCGGCUGAGUCAUGUAAUGUGCGCUCCUGCCGCUUGAUGGACAAAAAAAAAGAAGAAGAAGAAGAUGGAGAAUAAAAACAAAAUAAGGACCAGCAGAGGGAGAAGAAUAGUCGAGUCAAAGAGCUUCUUAGACUUCAACCCCCUCGGAACUGCCAAGAGAGAAAAAUUGCGUCAGAUGAAAAAAGCAACAAGACAAAAUAAAGAGCAUGUUUCGUGACAUCACGCGGACCUGUUUUUUUGUUUUUGUUUUUUUUGAGAAAUGUGUAUUUAUGGAAUGCGACGGACGGAUACGGUUUGUUGCUCUUGUACAUUACAGUGUCCGCGUAGUGCAUAGGCGUAUAGAGUCUAGUUGGUUUUUGGAUCGGAUCAAAGGGCGAGGCAGAGAAGAGAAAUCAACUCAAGUGGCCGGGAGGAACUGCAAGAAAAAUGGGAGAAGCCCAACCAGUGGGGAUGAUGAGAGAAUUGGAUGUCGGGGGAAAAGAGAAACGAUAUCACACACACACACACACACACAGACACAGACACAAUAAAAAAGGAGCAAACUCGAAUGACUAUACAGCAGAACUAUAACUGCGCUGAUGCUAUGUGGACCUGCCCCAUGGACUGUUGGGUUAGAGAGAUCCCAUCCCAUCUCAAAAAAAGGGGAAGGAAGAAAAGAAGAAAGAAGAAAAAACAACAAGAGAACAAAAAAUGAUCGUUAGAGAACGGACAAGAUGGACAGAUUGCUAAGAGAAAGAAGAGAUGAGAGAGAGACGAGCCAUCACAAUCAACAACAACAACAACAACGAAAAUCAGCUCGUUUGAGGAUGUGCACUGUUUACGUACUUUUAUCAUCAUGUGCUUUUCGGGUUUUCUCUUCAUCUCCUUGGAAUGGAAACAAAAGGGAGACCUCCACUAAUAUCCGAUGGAUCCCGUAGAUUAGACACUUGACUUGAUGAUGCCGUCUCUAUAUACCUUUUUUUACGGACCGUAACCGUACCGCCUGCCUGCUCCGCUCUUACCCACCUCUUCCACCCCCAUGCGGCUGACAUUUGUCUAAGCUAAGUCACGUGUCGAAGGAUCUCUUUCUUCUUUUCCUCUUCGGCCCCUCUCCGUUCGUUCCCCAACCUCCUCGCGAAUACAAAUACUUUGAUUCGCCCACAGAAGACCCGAACGUGGAAUUGGCGGGCAACAUGAAAUUCAAUUCUUUCUUUCCUUUUCUCUAGCUCUCUCUCUCUGAGUUUUGUGGCUUCUUUAAACAAAAAAUCAAACGACACUAAAUUUCAUUUCGGUUAUUAUUUUUUUUUUCUUGUCCCUCCCUCAACCUUUUCGAGCUCACUCACUAUAUUCGUGAGUCGUGUUGUGUGUGCGUGUGUAUAUGUGUACACUGUAAAUUAUAACUUAAGACAAAAAAAAAAUUCCCCUCUCAUAUUGUUCCCGUGUGUUCGUCGUCCAAGUGCUCAAUCAAUAUUUCCCCUUUUUUCCCCUCAACUCGUCCUCCACUCUUCUUGUUCCUCCUUGAUAAAUAAAUAUAUAUGACUAUUGCAUUCCUGCCCCGGCUCCUUGUCGCUCUUUUCUCUCUCUCUCUCUCUCUCUCUCUCUGUCUUCUUUCCUGUCAUUUUCUCGCUCGCUCACUCUCUUAAAUCUCUUAUUGCUAUUUGCUGCUUUGUCCCGUCGUCUUCCUCAACGUCUUCUUCCUGCGAUUCCAUACGAUUCCAUAUUUACUUUUGUAUAGGAUCCAACCCCCGGCCUCCCUCCCACACUCCGUCUCUCCUCCUUGUGUCAUAGACUGAUCCCCCUGACAAUAUCUCUCACAUGUAUUACCUCCUUUAUAUAGUAGGCCAGACAAAACUGUUGGGUUCGCUGUGGACUGCUGGGUGCUGGACCGGAGAGAAUCUAUUUGAUAGACACUGUGUGCGCGGCUGUAUACGCAGAAGACAUGGGGGGGAGAGAACGGCCGACCCGAGCGUGGUCAUAUCGAAGGCCAAAACGAUCAAUCGUUUUCCAAUUCCCAUCAAGGGCAUCCCAAAAACUUCCUUUUAUAUAUAUAAUAUAGAACAUGUCCAUCCAAUCUAAACCUUUGCCACCCACCCGGUAUCUUUCUCUCUCUUCUCUUAUUUCUUAUAGUGUUUUUUUUUCUUUACUUCUUCUUCUUCUUCUUCUUCUUUCCUAAGAUUUCUUUUUUAAUAACCCGACACGAGAUUGUAUCGCAUUAUACGCGUGUCGCCUCCACAUACACCACACGCCCGCCCACACAAUCCCACCCACCUGUCAAAGUAUUAUAGUCACAAUAUGAUCGAUAUCAGACCGUAGACACGCAGCGGAACAUCAAAGAAGUCUCCCUCUCUUCCCUUCCGCUUCCUCCUUCUAUACUCAUUGUAGUAAAAAAAAAAAUAUAGCCUACCAAACGUAGGGCCCGGAUAAUCCAUCACGGAUUUUUCGCCAUUUCUUUUGAUAGACUCAAAUUUAAUCGUUAUAUAAUCACUGAUUUCGAUCACACACACAUAUAUACACUGAAAUCCGAUAAUUAUAUACGAAAACGACAAUCAAUAAUGUUUUUUAAACCAAUCAGCCAAAACCACUGUCAACAGACGAAUCUUCCGUAUACGUUAUAUCUACGUACGUGUAUAAUCAAUCUGAAUCAUUUUUCUAAUUUAAUUUUUAAAAGGUAAAAAUUCAAACCCAAAAAUAUGAAUAAAAAAAAAAUAAAAAAAAAUAAAAAAACAAACAAAACAAAACAAAUUGCGAGGGCGGGAGGUCAUUCUAACGACGAUAAUUUUGUUGAUGACAUGUUGAAAAGUGUAUUCAGUUUCGUUGCUGGGCGCGUUACACGAUGAGAUGAGGAAAGAUAUGAUGGACCGUCGAUUACUUACAUUCAUGCGCUCUGAUGAUGAUGCAUGUCAAUUUAUAUCUUUUACUGUUGAAAUACAAUUUUGUUGUGUCUCUCUCUAACCCCCUCCGUUUUUUGGUGUGGGCGUGUGUGUGGGUGUGUGUGUGUGUGUUUGCUAUAGUCAAUUAGUUGAUUGUGUACCUCUUCUCUUUCUCUCUCUCUCUCUCUCUCUCUCGGUAUCCCCGUCCCCCCUCCCUUGUUCCUUCCAUUUUAUAUCCGGUAUUUAUCCUUAUUAUUACAAUCAUAUAUUAUUACGCAAAAAUAUUCGGCGAUGGCAAAAUGGACGGGAAACUGGAAAUCGUGUUGUUCAUUUCGGUUGUUGCCCAACAAAUUCCCGAGUCUCAAAAAAUAAAUUGUCUCACGAGAGAAAAGAAAUCAA